UGGGGCCGAGUCACUCUGCCUCGUCAUUCUUGCCGAGCGACGAAGCAAGCAUAGGAAGCGCGAAAAAGAGAAGAAUCAAAUAUUAAAGCUUUUCAGUCUUUCACCUGCAUUCUGAGCUAGGGUUUAAGCUCUCCCUCUUCCCUCCUCCCUGCAAUGGCGGAUACUAAGUCUGUCGAUGCUUCUCUUUGGUGGGAUUCUUUCACUUUGCUGCUUUCUGAGCUCGAGAACUCCUCUCUCUCUUCAGACCUCCCUCAAAACUUGGUGAAAAAGUUGAAGGACAACCAUUCCUGGCUAGUGGAUGCAGUUUCGCGCUUCAAGCCGCCAAAUGAGAAAUCAAAGGAAGCUCUGAAUUCGAAGAAACUGCAAAUCGGAUCUCACCAACUUACUAUACAAACACAUUUGAAAGAUAAAGCUUUGAAAAUCAGCUCCUGCUUGCAAUUAGAUGAAGUUCAAUCGUACAUUAUUGCCGAAAGGUCAAUAAAAAAUAACAAUGUUGCUGUUGAUUCCAUGGCUCAAGAAUUUCUUCACGUGAUAGUGAUUCAAUAUUAUACGGAGAGACAGUGCUUGCUGAAAUGCAUCAGGUGGAUUCUCAUGCAUGCUAUAUAUAUCGGACCAGGCUCUAAAGAACAUGUUAUUAGAGAGGAGGCUAAAAAGUUGUUUCAUGAUGGACUGGAAAGCAAAUUAAUAUCUUUGUUUCAGGAUCUUUUGCUUUUUAGUUAUCCAGAGCAAAUGGAUGUUGAUCUUUUCACUCUGUGGGCCGAGGAGACUCUAAUUGAAGACAACUUAGUUCUGGACAUUCUGUUCCUUUCGUAUUAUGACUCAUUUUGUGCCUGUAGUGGUGAAAAGUGGAAGAAAUUAUGUAACAUGUACAAGGGAAUCAUUUCUGGUCACUAUAACUUAAGAAAGCUUGCAAUAACAUCAGAAGCCUGGCAACUGUCUUAUCAUGCCAAAGUUCAACUGCUACUUAUCCUGAUAGAAACUCUGGAUUUGGAAAAUCUUCUUCAGAUGGUUCAUGAUGAAACACCUUACAGGAAAGGUGCGUCUACUUUUUCACUGAUUGAUGUCCAAGAGAUGGAUGCAUUAAUUUCUACUUUCAAUGCUUUUGAAAUGAAAGAAGCCAGCCCCUUAAUACUAGCGUGGGCAGCAUUUCUUUAUCUGCUAUUGACACUUCCAGGAAAAGAUGAAAACAAUGACCUCAUGGAGAUUGAUCAUGUUGGUUAUGUUCGACAAGCAUUUGAGGCUGCAUCCUUUAGUUACUGUCUUGAAAUUCUUGAGUGUGACAUACUGAAGGAUUACGAUGGUCCUGUUUCAGGAUAUCGUAGUGUUUUGAGAACAUUAAUAUCUGCAUUUAUUGCAUCUUAUGAGGUCAACAUUCAGGAGCAGGCAGAGGACAGCAACCCCGUUUUGAUACUGGAUAUUCUUUGCAAGAUUUACAGAGGAGAGGAAUCACUAUGUAUUCAGUUUUGGGACAAGGAAAGCUUUAUUGAUGGUCCAAUUCGUUGUCUUCUUUGCAACCUAGGGAAUGAGUUCCCUUUCCAGACAGUGGAACUUGUGCAACUCUUGUCUUCCCUUUGUGAGGGCAUGUGGCCCGCAGAAUGUGUGUAUAACUUCCUAGAUAGGUCUAUUGGUGUGUCAUCCUUGUUUGAGAUUAGUAAUGAGUCAGUGGCAGAUGUCUCUCACAUAGUUGAGGCACAACAAGCAGUGCAAGUUCCUGGAAUUGAAGGCUUUUUUAUUCCUGCUGGAACUCGUGGACAUAUCUUGAAAGUAAUUGGAGGGAAUACCGCCCUUGUACGAUGGGAGCAUGCAACAUCAGGAGUGUUUCUCUUACUCCUACGUUUAGCCCAAGAGGUACAUUUGAAUGACAAGGAGGAGGUCCUUUUGACUCUUGAUCUGCUCAGUAGAUUGGUUUCCUUUAACACUGCUGUCUGUUUUGAGUUGAUGAGUCUGAGCUGCUCUGCACAUUUUCAUGCUGUCAGCUUGAUGAGCGAGCAGGAAAAGAAUGUCUGGGUGAUUGAGAUUAUUUGCAAUCUUGUCAAAAAGCAAUCUCUGAAUUCCUAUGGUGCUGCACUGAUGUCAAAGGGCAUCAAGAUUUUGGGAAAGAUGUUAAUUUGUUCUCCCUCUACCGUUGCAGCAAUUGCUCUAAAUGCAAAUAUAUUUGAUAUGGCUUUGCAGACAACUGUUUUCAGUAGAGGGAAUAAUGCUUUGUCAAGUGGUUCAUGGCUGCUUUCUGGCAAACUAGCUAAGAUGCUUUUAAUUGACUGUGAACAAAACAGUGAUGACUGCCCCUUGGCAAUAUCAGUUCUGGACUUUACCAUUCAGCUGGUAGAAACUGGGGUGGAGAAUGAUUGUCUCCUGGCGUUAAUUAUUUUCUCUUUGCAGUAUGUUCUGGUUAAUCAUGAAUCCUGGAAAUACAAGAUGAAGCAUGUGCGAUGGAAAGUGACAUUGAAGGUGCUUGAAUUGAUGAAGAAAUGCAACAUAUUGAUGGCUCGCCAUGGAAAAAUAGGUGAGAUAAUUCAUGAUGUGUUGUUCUCUGAUUCAUCCAUUCACAAGACGCUGUUCCAAAUUGCUUGCACUACAACGAAUGCCUUGGAGAAAUUGCAUGCAAGCCGCCUCUUUGAUCCAGUGGAGAUUGAAGGGUUACAAUUUGCAAUAAGUUCUGUAUUAGAUGUUCUUCUUGUCAUGCUGACCAAAUUUUCUGAGGAGGCAUCAUCCACCAUUUCUGUUUUUCACCAGGCAGUGCUAUCAUGUACAACCAAUUCUGUCCCCAUUGUUGCUGCUGUUAUAUCCUUGAUUUCAUACUUUCGAGAUCCUGCCAUCCAAAUUGGUGCUGCUAGGUUUAUUUCAUUCUUAUUUUCUAUAGCAGAUUCCGUUCAACCAUUUUCAUAUGGAACCACAUGCUUUGCUCCAGAAUCUAAUCAGAUCGUGGAUUUUAGACUAUCUCUGAGCUACAUAUUGUUGGAGCAGUCUGCAUCUAAUGAAGAUCUGUUUAUUGCAACAGUUGAUCUAUUGACUUCUGCAGCACAUCACCAGCCUGCAUUUCUUAUUGCUAUAUUUAAUCCAGAGGAGAAGGACGAUGGUCAGUUAAUUGUUACUGGUGAUGGAGAGUCGAAGGGUUCAAAGGACUCAGGCCUGAUAGAUGCACUUAUGGAUUAUAUUGUGAGGGCAGAUAAUCUGAUCCAGAGCCACCCUCGCAUGCUGCUGAGUGUGCUUAACUUCAUGGUUGCCUUGUGGCAAGGGGCUUCUCAGUACUUAAAUAUCCUGGAGUCUCUGAGAAGCUCUGAGAAGUUCUGGAAGUACUUGUCCAAUGCAAUCUUAAGAGUUGCUGGGAGCACAAUUCAUCUACCUGUUAAUCUGACAGAGAAGGAUGCUCAAAAUCUAGCGAACAUGUACCUUUGUCAAUCUGCAAUACUUGGAAUCAUGUCAUAUGAGCUGUUCUUGCAGAAAAAGUUGUUGCAUGCAGAAUCACUUGUGAAGGAUGCAACUGGAUCUCAGGGCAACGAACAAGAUGGUGCAAAAACAGAAAAAUCCAAGGCACCCGCUUUUUGUGAUGUUAAGGAAAUUUGGUCUUCCUGGUGCAAAGAUUCUGUUUUGGAGAAACUAAUGAAGUCGUAUACUUCUGGGUAUAAUGAUGACAUAUAUUAUAGUGCAAAAGUUGCCAUCAGUUUAUUCUCUGUCCACGUGAUGGAAAAAUUAGUGGCUGGUGAUUCUGGAAGUUUAUCAGUGUCAUUGCAGCAGAAGUUUCAUACAAUGUUAACAAAGUUGUGCAUGCAUCCUGCUUUUUCUGAAUUACUCUGCCAGUAUUCACAGCGUGGCUACAGUGAAGGGAAGAAAUUAAAGAAAUUGAUACUCAGUGAUCUGUAUUAUCAUCUCCAAGGAGAGCUCGAGGGUAGAAAAGUCAGCACGGGACCAUUUAAAGAGUUGUCUCAGUAUCUGGUUGAAUCAAAUAUUUUGGAAACCUAUCAAAACAAUCUCAAUGGUGACCUUAGUGCAACUACCAAGAAUUUAUACUUAUUUGACCUUGUACGCUUGCGAGCUGAUAUAGGAUUAGACGUGUGGGAUUGUUCCGAGUGGAAGGCAUCUAAGGAGAUUGCAGAAAUCAUGUUGCACUGGCUGCAGGAAGCAAACUCAUUUAUGUUGGCUUCAAGUUCAAAGCUUUCCGCAUUGAAAGCAUUGAUUUCUGUCUUGACUGUCUACCAUGAUGAUGCACUAGGGAGAAAAUCUAUGAGAGAGGAGAUUCCUGAUCAAAUCAUUUUCACAUGCAUAGAUAAUAUAUGCCAAUCUUUUCACGCUACAAUUGAAAAGUUAGCACCCGUUCUUGAUGUAUCUGAAGAUACACUCAAUUUUCUUGCGUCUCAAGCAGAGCUGCUUCUCCAGUUGACCAGAACUGUCUGCAAAAGUCUCUCCUUUGGUGUUUCCCUGCUUGUUCUCAAAUGUUCUGGUUCAGGUCUUAAACUGUUUAGUGAACUUCAGCUGUUGUCUUCUAAGGCCAGUGUGAUAAUGAAGCUAUUACUCACAUUGCUGCUUUUAGUACUAGAUUCCAACUGCCUCAGUUCUCGUUUGGGUGGGACGAUAGAUGAGAAGUCCAGGGAGGGUUAUGGACCUGAUAUUAAGGAAUUUUUUGAUGCCUGA